CAACAUAUUCGCUUGAUCUUAUUAAUUUCGUCGACACUCAUAAUAUCCGUUACGAGUCUCACCUUUUCCCUACUCCACGAAAGGCGACUCAAAGAGAUCGAAUAUAGAAUACUGAGCAACAUAAAUUUUAUUAACUUUCCGCCAGACAUUCAUAAAACAAAUAAUUUUAAAAAGCUACCUCGCCUGGGUCAUCUUGAUUCAAGAUUGAACUCCAACGCCGAAAAUAAAGAGAGCGACAUAUUAUUUAGACGUAUCAGAUCGAUAGGAGAACACAAAUUACGUGAAUCCCAUAAACAUGAUGAGAUUGACUAUUCGAUGAAUGAACCUGGAAAUCACAAAAAAGGCAAAAGGGGGCGUAAAAAUAGUAGGAAAAAUCGCCAAAGCUAUGAAACAAGCGAUAAUAAUACCAAAAUUAAAUGGGGAGCCAAAUGGAACCCUACUUAUUUCGACUAUUAUCCGUCACAAAUUAAAGAUUCACUAUCCCCUAGUUAUUCGAAAGAUAUCGAAAACAAUCGUAUCAGAGAAAACCAUUAUGAUGAUUUAACAUCACCCACUCAUUACCCGCACUUGAACUCACACCUUAAUUAUCCAGUUAAAACCGAUAGGGAUGGCCGAGUGAUGCAAAAUUACGUAUAUUACAAACCUAAAAAGCCCAAAUCGCACAGGAUAGAAGGAAAUGAUGAUUUGGAGGUCCCCCACAAUGAUUGGAUAUGGAUAUCUUCUUAUUCAAGGAUGCCGUUGUCAACGUUAAAAAGUUUUUGCCGAGCCGCUAUAGAAUAUUGUCCACCCGGAAUUCCUGGACCUAUUGGCCCUCAAGGAAUCAAAGGUGAUAGAGGUUCACCUGGGUCAAUGGGGGAAAAGGGAUAUAGAGGAAUUCCUGGAAUAGAUGGUGAAAAGGGUGAACAAGGCGAAAAGGGAGGCAGAGGAGAAAUUGGCUUUCCGGGAAUUCCUGGCGUAAAUGGGGAGCCAGGUAGAAAAGGGUUCAAAGGUGAUAUAGGGGAACCAGGUAGAGAAGGCAAAGACGGAUUACCAGGUAGGCCAGGGGAGGCCGGGAUGAUGGGGCUGCCUGGCAUGAAUGGAAAAGAUGGAGUGCCAGGAUGGCCAGGUGAGCCUGGACCACCAGGCCCCCUAGGUCCAGAUGGAGCAACUGGAAUUAAAGGUGACAAAGGGGAAAGAGGACAAGAUGGGUUACACGGAUUAAAUGGGUUUCCCGGAAGAAGAGGCAAACCUGGUUUCCAGGGUGAGCCGGGGGAAAAAGGUGAAAUGGGACCUCCAGGUAAGAAAGGUGAAAUGGGGCCUCAAGGUCCGCCAGGUCCUAGAGGUAUAUCUGGAGUACCCGGCUUAGUCGUGGAGCAAUCGCCAGUCAUUACGAUUCCCUUUGUUAAAAAACCUACAGCGAAAAUGAUAGAUAUUCCGUAUUUUAGAUCAACGAUACCUCCUAGGAUCCAGAAUUGCUUAUUAAAAGCAGUUGGAAAACCAGUAUUUAUGAGAUAUACAGGAACUUAUUGGGGCACUUGGAUGAGGGAUCCCUUUCCACUAACUCCACUCGAUAAUCAGAAAAUAUGGAUGACCAAACAUUUUGAUGGAAAAGAGGUAUUUGAAUAUGCGAAUGAAGAGGCGUUCAAAGCCGAUAAUAUCAGUAAAACGUAUAUCUUACCGGUAUCUUAUGAAGGUAAUAGUCACCAGGUGAUGAGUGGUAGUUUGUAUUAUCAUUUGGACGAUUCACCCACCGUAGGUAGAUACGAUUUUAAGAAUGAAAAAUUGGAAGAAACCAUAGACCUACCCUUGGCCACUUACAAAAGCGAAAGUUAUUUAUUUAGCGGUGAAUACAAUUAUUUCGAUUUCAACGUCGACGAGACAGGCUUAUACGUUAUAUACCGCGUCCAGGACUCAGGAGAUUACAUAUUAGUAGCUAAGCUUAAGGAAGCUGGGGUUCGAGAAUCAAGCGUCGAAGGCACAAAAUUUGACGCCAAUACUGAAAAAACGAAAAACGAUCAUUUCGUAUCAAGGUAUUUGCAUUAUUCUUACGAAGAUGAGUACGAAUAUCUACCGACAUUUAAACAAGUGAAAAAAAUCAGAGUCAAAAGAGGGGAAAUAAAGAAUGAAUCUCGUGAAACAUCCGCAAACUUAGCUCAAACGAAUUCUAACACUAGGCAAACACAGCCAGCUCAAUAUAUAAAGACAAUCGGCCCACCAACGAUUCCCUUUGUUCAAAAUUACGAAACUCCGUUCGAAAUACUGAAAAUGUGGAACAUAACAUUGAAAUAUCGAUUCGUGGGUAACGCUUUUAUGAUUUGCGGGAUUAUAUACGGCUUGAAAAACGCAGAAAUUGAACACACUGUUAUCGAUUUCGCUUACGAUCUUUAUGAAAAUGAACAGAUAUAUUUAAUCAUACCAUUCGACAAUCCUUAUCAAAAGACUACUAUGCUAAGUUACAAUUCAAGAGAUAAGAGUCUUUACAGUUGGGAUAGGGGCAAUCAACUUAUUUACCCGCUAAGAUUUGAAAAAUGA